UGGUCACUGAGACAAACCUUAAAGUUAAACAACUUACUUAUUACCGACCUCUACAAUGGGGAUCACAUAGAUGACACGACUAAAAAAUGGCUUUGUCAAACACCACAUCCGCCCCAAAUUCCAGAAUUUUACACCCUCACUAAGAUACACAAGCCUUCCCCGGUCGGCAGACCGAUAGUAUCAGGGUGUGAUAGCCCAACGGAGAAAUUAUCAUCAUUUGUUGACGAACUCCUUCAGCCGAUAGCACAACAACAAAAGUCGUAUCUUAAAGAUACUACCGACUUCCUUAAUUUCAUAGAAAAUACGAAAGUCCCAGCGGACGUCAUACUUGUUUCAAUGGACAUUAUGAGCUUGUAUCCAAAUAUUCUGCAAGAGGAGCGAAUAGACACGGUAUGCAGAGCAUACGAAAUAUUCUGUAGAAACGAACCUCCUAUCCCUACACAACUACUAAAACGAGCGCUCAGGCUAAUUCUCCAAGAAAAUUCUUUCCAGUUUAAUGGAAAAAACUACCUUCAAACACAUGGUACGGCCAUGGGCACGAAAAUGGCAGUCGCCUUUUCUAAUAUAUUCAUGAACAAGGUAGAGACGGAAAUCCUUAGCCAAAGCCUUUUUAAACCGCUCGUUUGGAAACAUUACAUAGACGAAAUCUUCUCGCUCUGGACUACAAACAGAGACAGAAUAGAACAUUUCAUUGAACAAGCAAACAAUCAUCACCUUAUGAUCAAGUUUACGGCUGAAAUUUCCAAUAAGGAAACAACAUUCAUUGGACAAAGGGGAAAGAUUCGAAAGAGACGCAAUCCUUGA